AAGAGGGGUGAUUUGGUGAUGGAGGCACUGUUGGAAGGAAUGCAGAGAAGAGGGCAAGGAGGGGGGUUCUUGACAUCUUGUGAGGCUGAACUUCAGGAGCUGAUGAAACAGAUCGAUAUAAUGGUGGCUCAUAAGAGGUCUGAAUGGGAAGGUCAAACCCAGGCUCUGGAAACCUGCUUGCAGCACCGAGAACAGGAGCUAGAGUCUCUCAGGGUACAGUUGGACCAGAAACGCAAAGAGGUUGGGAUGUUGCAUGAACAAAUAGAAGAUCUCAACAAAGUCAAGCAAGAUAGGACCAAAGAGUACGAGCAAGAGUUGAAGAAGCUUCAGGAAGAACUAGCCAGGUUGAAGAGAAACUAUGAAAAGCUGCAGAAGAAGCAGAUGCGCAAGUCCCGAGAAGGAACCAGAAAUCCAAGGGAGGACUGUGCUGAAAUGGAGAGGUUGACUGGAAAGCUAGAGGAGUUCCGUCAGAAAUCACUAGACUGGGAGAAGCAGCGCUUGAUUUAUCAGCAAAAAGUGGCAUCGCUGGAGGUACAGAGGAAGGCCCUGACUGAGGAAUCUAGGCUCAUGCAGGCUCAGCUCACCAGUUGGACCCAGAGGCUAGAGUCCACCAAACUGUCCAAUCAGUCAGAAAUCCAGCACUUAACCAGUAAGCUAGAGAGGGCCAAUGACACCAUCUGUGCCAAUGAGUUGGAGAUAGAGCGACUCCACAUGAGGGUAGAGGAUCUGGCUGGAACCAAUAAGGCAUUACUGAAGGACCAGCAACGAAUCCAAGAAGAGUUGAGACAUUCUGAAAGCCUGAUGGAGGUGCUCCAGGAGGAAAAGAUGGAGCUGAAGGCAACCCUUCAGUCCCAGGAGGAUUUCAUUAAUGAGUCCAGAAUUCAACAGGAGCAGUUACAGAAUGAACUCACCAGAGUAACAGAGACCCUACAUCACAAGGAGCUCAUCAGCUUGGAAUCGGAGAGUGCAACUUGUAAAGAACUGAGUCAAGAGCUAAUUGAGAAGCAUGAAGAAUUGAAGCUGAUGGAAGGAUACCACAACCAAUGCAAAGCUGAGAUGAGAAAAAUGAAAGAACAGAUGCUGCAGUCUGAACAGACAUACAGCUGUGCCCUAGAAGGCAUGAAAAUGGAAGUCACCCAGCUGACCCGGGAGUUGCAUCAGCGAGACAUGGCCAUCGAGAGAGCUGAGAGGAAAGAAGGCGAACACAGGGUGGUUUUGGCUCAACUAGAAACCCUCAGGCAAGAAAACCAUCACCUUUCUGAGGCCCUGGAGAGGUUGGAGUCCGGUGUGUUUCGGGCGCCAAACUUCCCUCCAACAGACGUCCGAGGUGGUUCUCUCAGGACGUCAGGGACUACACCUCGGGACUGCCUGGAAGGCUCGGGGGGGACCGGGGCUCGGCCGGAGGAGGGGGCCUCCCAGACCUGCCGCCGGGAAAGAAGGGAUCGUCCGGUGGACCCCAUACCCAGCGGAGGUGGGCGCCUCAGGAAUGCAGAGAGCAGGCUGACCAGGAGAUCCCACGAAUAUAAGGAAACUACCAAAAAGCCCCAAGCCACCGACUGUGACAAGAUUAUUCAGCUCUACCAGGGGGAAAUAGAAGCUGUGGAAAGCCGGUCUUCGUCCGUUGGGAUAGAGCCUGGGCCCAGGGCGGUGAUUGGACCAAGCCCCCAGUUAAGCAGCAGCAGCUCCACGGUCUCCCUGUCGUCCGAUUUUCUUCUAGGAACCGAGUCUCUGCCCACAGCACCAGAUGACAACCAAGCAGAUUUUUCCGAUAACGGGUCUGAGGAAUCUGGUUCAAAUCAGCAAGGAGAAUUUCUAUCGCUGUGUCCUCUGCCAACAUCCCCCAUUGAUUCAAUAGCAACCAGGUUUCUGGAAGAGGAAGAGUGGAGAUCUCAUCAGAUCUUGGAACGCUUAAAUGCUCAUAUCGAAGAAUUGAAAAGGGAGAGCGAAAGAACAGUGAAACAAUAUUCUCAACCAAGAUAAUAUCGUCGAACCAGAAACCCAAAAGUAAAAUCAAACAACAAAGUCAACAUUAUCUCCAGAAUAAGUGAGCUUUCUAAAAAAAAAAAAAAGGAGUGUUUGCAAGGGAUAGAAAAAAAGCUAAGGUAGCGGUAACCUGAAAACUGAAAAAUAUGCCUCUUUCUGACACUAUCGAACGAAUGCAAACAUUGUUUUCUAUCAGAAGUAGUUUUUUCAACACCUUUAGCUCACAAAGAGAGAUUGCUUUUCUGUUGUCUCCUACAUAUUUAUGAUCACAGAGUUUGUGAUUAUGAAUUGAAAUGCAAGUUUUGGUGUAAAUUUCAUGCAAAAUAAACUUUUAUAA